GGAAGCUUCGACGCUCCUUCAGUUGGUGUCGGGACGCCAUCGCGAGCGGGUUGACCUGGCGGCGGCUGUUGGCGGGCUGUUUUCCGAACGCUUUUUAUCGGUCUCGGGGACGUUUUUUUGGCUGCAUCUCCUUGGAAGGAGCUCCGUCGAGCUGUUAUUUUUUAAAAAUUAUUAUUUUAGCUUUUUAUAUCAUCCCACGGAGACUCUCGAGCAUCCCUCCGGCCCUCUUUUCCUCCCCGUUUCUGACUUUCCGUCAUGGCGGUGACCAACGAAACCGGCCUGUCUCCUCAGGCGCCUCCACAGAGCCAGAAUCCGUCCGCCUGGUACCAGAGUCCCCAGUUGUUGGAUGGAAGUUCUCAGCAGAAGGAGAAUUCUGCAGCACCUGCUGCAAUUGUUUCUGGACAACAAAAGACAGAAGGCACAGGUUCUGAAAAUACUCAGAAUGAAAGAUCCAGCAGGAAGACAGAUGAGAUGACCGACUUCAUGGAUGACUUGACCUUGAGUUCACCCAGAGAGAGAUCCCGUUCAGUGUCGAGGAGCAGCUGUAGCAGGAGAUCCUCCUCAAGAUCAUCCAGCAGGUCAUCUUACAGUUCAAGAUCUAGUUCAAGCACCUCUUCUUCAAGAAGCUGGAGUAGAUCUAGGAGCCGAUCACGAUCACGUGCUAAAAGAAAUUGUUCUCGGAGGAACAGAAGGUAUUCAAGAUCUUAUUCCAGGAGCCGAUCAAGAUCACGAAGCUACCGAUACCGAGAAAGGUACCAUCCUAGAUACUAUAGCAGGUACCGUCGCUCUCCUCCAAGAUACAGAUCACGAAGCCGUUCACCUAGAAGAUCAUACUACAGAAGGUCUUACUCCAGAAGCCGUUCAAGAAGCCGAAGAUGCUAUGGAUUUGGAAGAACCAUCUAUCCCGAGGCUUACAGAAGCUGGAGAAGCCGUUCUCGAUCAAGAUCUCGCAGUAGAACUCCUCUGCGCUUGACGGAAAAAGAAAAGAGAGAACUACUGGAAAUAGCAAAGGCUAAUGCAGCAAAAGCCCUUGGAACAGAUAUCGUUUUGCCAGCCAGCUUGAAGAUUGCUACACAAUUGAAAGAAAAUGAAAGUGGCAAGCAAAAAGAGGAAAGUGUGGAACCUGAUAAAACAGUGGGCCUGAAAUCAGGAAGUUUCACUUCUAAAGAGACAGUACUGUCUCCAGGAAGAGAAGAGAAAAAGAGUCCAGCUGGGCAGUGGAUUCCUGUUAAAAAUGAGAAUAUGCUGUUCCAUAGUUUUUCACCUAGAAGCACGUCUUUUAGAGCACGCUAACAUCAGUGUUCUAUAUGUUGAGGCAUUAUGAGAGCUGAAAGCUCAGAAUUCAGGGCUUAAAUACAGAAUACUUAAGCUGUGUUUGAGAUUAAAUUUAUUUUCUAGACGAAAGAUGGAGUACAGAUGCCCAGAAAUUAAAGAUGGGGAACCCUUGUUUCUUUACAUUCUUUUUGUUUUUGUGGUAGAUUACAUUUCAGGUAGGUAACUUCUCUGCUAGAGUAAUGUAGUAUCUUUCAGUGUUUUAAUGUUUGUGUAACUUGAUUAAUACAAAUAAACCUAUGUUUUGUAUACUUCCAAAUAUUUGAUUCAAUGCUUCAAACAGUGAUUUAUGGCUCUUUGUGGUAAUUCAUUUGGCUUGUGUAGUUGUCUCAUAUUUCUUUUUAGCCUGAAUGUUGCCAUAAUUUGGAAGUGGCACAAAGAAAAAAGUCCUUUGUGCUCUUAACUGGGUGAAAUUAACCCUUUUUUAGUCUUGUGACGGAAUCGGCAUAAUUGCACUCCAUCCACUUUCAGGGACUCUUACAUUGUCAUGUAUAAUUCUCUGAACUAGUUUUGCAUGCAUGAAGUACAGCUGUUGCUAGAUAAAAGCUUGCUUCUAGAUCUUGAAAUUCUUGAUUCAUUAGCUUUUUGCUUCAAAGGUUACUGUGAUCCAUAUUCCAGGACAUUCAAGCGGAACACAGCACAGUCAGAAAAGUCUUCUUAGAGUAAUGCUAGUGGAGUGGUGCUGAAGUGUCUGCUUAGAUCUCAUGGGGUGGGGCAUUAGGACAUCCAUGAAUUGUGUAGCUGUCACUAAAUGUGGUUGGCUUAUAUAUUUAAGGAAGAAUUUGUUCAGAAACUAGUUAAGGAUGAUUUUGUAUACAUAGUACUUUUCCUUAAAUCUGCAUAAAACUGGAGCAUCUGUAUCAAAUGAAGACCUUUAAAUAAACGUAUUCUCCGUA